UUGUUGAAAUACAACUUUUUUUAACUGGAUUAAUUCUAAUAUUUUACUCUACUAUUGUUUUAAUUAUCAAAGAAACAAUAGCGCGCAUGAAUGAAAAACUUGUGAAAAGUGUUUUCUCAAGUGACAGUGAUCAUCAACAAGUUACCCUAGGAGAGAUCCUAACUGACAGAAGUGAAAUUAUAAAUUUAUGUGAAGUGAAAAUAAGUUCAUUGUAUGGAAUUCCAAUAAUAUUUAUGCUAACAAAUUCUCUUGUUAAUGGGCCAGCAGGUCCUUUUUAUGCGAAUUAUAUAUUUGAGCCAAGAACGCCAAAUACUUUUGGAAUGUUGUUUUAUUUUAUUGUGAAUGUUUGUUUAAUUAACGGAGUAGUGCAAUUUAUGAUGUUUCCCAUUAUUGUUUUUUUACAAGAUUUUACAGAAGAGGCCAAUAAAACAGCAAGAAUUCUUUCAAGGAUAUCACGAAGGGGAACUGAUAUUGAAAAAAUGGUCGAUAAAUUUCUUAUGAAAAAUAUACAACAGAAACCUAUACUCACAGCAUAUGGCUUCUUUCCACUAAACAAACGAACGCUAUUUAAGAUUUUUGCUGCAAUUUUCACAUACAUGGUAAUUCUAAUACAAUUCAAGGAUAUGGAAAAUACAAACAAAAGACUUCUUGGCACAAAAACAACGACUAUGUCAGCUCCUACAGUAUCGUAACUUCGGAACGACUUUAAAUGGGGAACAGAAUUUUAGCCAUGGUCCUUAUGUGCGACUCUAUUUCUCAUUUAAACAAUAACUUUUUGAUGGGGAAAAUAUUUCCGCUGUUCAGAAUCAAGUUUCAACGAAGAAUCAAAUUGUUGGUGAAGGAUACGAAACAAGUAUAAAACACAGGACACAAAUAUUUAAACAAGAAAGCAUUUUUUUUUACAAAACGAAUUAUAUUGAUUUAAAAUUAUUCUAUUAUGUUUGAUAACAAUUUUCAAUCAUAUUAAAUUACAUGUUAUUGUUUUCGGGAUAAAACAAAAAAAAAAAAUAAGAUAAAACAGCUAACAGAAAGAACAAAAAGCAUUUGUUUAAAAGUUCUUCUAAACACUUUCUUUUUUACUAAUACCACACUCUCAUAUUGUAACGGUAUCAGUAAACAUUUUAUAAUUUAAAUUUCUUUUUGAUAAGGCACACGUUUUUUUUAAAUUUUGUUGUUGUUGUUAUUAUUUAAAAAUUAAAGAUAAGUGAUAUAAAAUUUAAACAAACAAAAUAAAAAAUUGCAUAUAAAUGUAAAAUUGCGCUAUUUAACAAAAAUUA